CUUUGGAGAAACCAUGAAGUGGCUUAUCGUUGCUUUGGCCUGUCUGGCUCUCUCAGAGGGAUUAGUCCGAGUCCCUCUGAAGAGGUUCAAGUCCAUUCGUCAGCAGAUGAAGGAGAAGGGUCUGCUUAAACCCAUCCACUACACUGACCCCGGCCUCAAGUACCAGCACCUAAACCCCUAUGGUGCCUAUGCUUACUCUGCCAAUGAGCCUCUCCUCAACUAUAAUGAUAUGUCCUACUAUGGCGCAAUCUCCAUUGGAACUCCAGCACAGUCUUUUUACGUCUUGUUUGACACUGGAUCCUCCAACCUGUGGGUUGCCUCUACCUACUGUAGCAGCCAGGCCUGCACCAACCACCCUCUGUUUGACCCCAGCCAGUCAUCCACCUACACCAGCAAUGGGCAGACCUUCUCUCUGCAGUACGGAACUGGCAGCUUGACAGGAGUCUUUGGCUACGACACAGUCAACAUCCAAGGCAUCUCCAUCACCAACCAGGAAAUUGGCCUGAGCACCAAUGAACCUGGCACCAACUUUGUCUAUGCUCAGUUUGAUGGCAUCUUGGGUUUGGCUUACCCCAGCCUCUCUUCUGGAGGAGAGACUCCUGUUAUGGACAGUAUGAUUCAGGAUGGCCUGCUCCAGUCAAACCUGUUUGCCUUUUACCUUAGCGAUAAUACUCAGCAAGGCAGUGAGGUGACAUUUGGUGGCGUAGACCCAAACAUGUACUCUGGACAGAUCUACUGGGCACCAGUCACUCAGGAGUUGUACUGGCAGAUUGCCAUUGAUGGCUUCCAGAUCAACAACCAGGAAACUGGAUGGUGCAGUGAUGGAUGCCAGGCAAUCGUGGACACUGGCACCUCCCUGCUCACCUGCCCUCAGCAAUACCUGGGCUAUCUGCAGCAGUAUAUUGGCGCUCAGGCUAACCAGUAUGGAGAGUACAUCAUUGACUGCAACAACAUGAGCAACAUGCCAACCAUCACCUUCACUAUCAAUGGAGUCAGCUUCCCUCUGCCACCCUCUGCCUACACUCUGGUGAACAAUGAUAAUGGAGGAACCUACUGCACAAGUGGGAUCAUGGGAACCUACCUGCCUUCCCAGAAUGGCCAGCCCCUUUGGAUCCUGGGUGAUGUUUUCCUGAGGCAGUACUACUCUGUUUACGACAGACAGAACAACCAAGUUGGAUUCGCCACCGCUGCAUAAGUCCUCCUCCUCCUGGUCGAACACCUCUGGAAUCCCCCUUACAGCACACACCUCACCUAAAGAGAAGACGUGAGAUGAUAAGAGCUCAGCAUGUAGGGCUUCACUUUAAAUCAUCAUCUGAAAUGAGAAAGAUGUCAACAAACAGAGAAGAAGAGUCUGAUGGAAGUUGGAGUUACUUCAGACUCUGGCCAUAACUGGGCAGUGAGCAACAGCCUAAAUAAUCUUCUAUUGACCCAAACAUCGGGCCUCCAGCUCUCUAGUUUCCAAACUUGGCAUUCUGUUAUCGGCAGCAAUAGUUGAGGAGUGGGGAUGGGUGUUGUUGUAAAGUGUUA